AAUCGCAGAGAUUGUCGGAUAGGAUGAAUUUGGCCGCAUGAUCGUGUCAAAAGCAAGACGGGCUUCGAUGCUAUCUGUUUUCUCUAUACAUCUGAGGAUUGAAGACGUUUUGGCCGAGUGGCGGGACGGUAUUUUUGACAUAGCUCCUUGCUUCUCCCUGAUGAAAAUGGGAUGAUCAAUAACAGACUUAGUUUCUCCCUGACUCUCAUGGGUGGUUUUUGUGGGAAAAUGGAUGGAAGACUGGUCGCCUUGAC